AUGAGUGACGAAGACAUUGAAGUUGAUAGUGCAGUUUUUCCUCUAAGGUCUAAGAAACGGAAAUCUCAUGGACGUAUGAAGAACGUUGCUAAGUUAUUAAAACUACGAAGCCAUGAAACAGGCCCAAGUUGUAAUUGUACUAGAUUUAAGUGUUUUGAAAAUGUCACCGAAAGAGAGAGGUUGCAAAUAAUUAAACAGUUUAAUGAACUUAAAGAUAAUGAUGAACAAAAUUUGUAUCUAGGUGGCUUAAUUUUACAUGCCCCCGUUAAACGACACCGAAGUAGAAAGAAUAAUGAUGAAGAUGUUGAAUAUCACUUAUAUUCGUACACGUACGAAAUUCGUGUUCAACGAGAUAAUACAGCUAUGAAAGUGCCAAUAUGUUAUAAAGCUAUGCUUUCUGUGCGAAUAUCUGCGAAACGGCUUCAGAAUAUCCAGCAGCAGUUAACCACUUUUGGACAUGUUAAACACGAUGGGCGAGGUCAACAUUCCAAUCAAAAAAAUCGUCUCCUAGAUGAAAUAUCCACUGUCGUUUUUGACCAUAUUGCUUCGUUUAAAGGCCAAAAAUCACAUUACAGUCUCCAUGACUCCCAACGUGUAUAUUUACCGGAAGAUCUUAACGUGAAAAAGAUGUGCAAAAUUUUUUUGCAACAAAAUCCCAAGAAAAAGGUUUCCUACGAGACUUACAGAAUAAGGGCUCAGAUGAAGUAG